GGGAUGGGAGAGGAGGAGAGGAGCGGCCCGGACGAGGCGACCACCUGCGCCUACAAGGUGUUGUCGAGGGGCCGGGUAGCGGAGCGCCUGUGUUACAGGAGCCGGGAGACGGGCUUCCACUGCGGGCCGGCCCGCUGCCGCUUGUACCGGUCGGGCCGCUCGCUGGUGGCCAACGUGCUGGCGAACGGCAGCGUGUUCCUGCAGUGGGGAGAGGAGGCGGCGGCUGGGUCUCGGCCGCGGCUGCUGCGGGGAUUCAGCCUGAACUGCAGCUGGAGCGGCCUCUACACCCGCUUCCAGUGCGACAGCGUGCAACUGGGCGCCGCCUGUCGCGACUACCUGCUGCCCAGCGUGCACGACAGCGUGGACUAUCGUGUCUGCCUGCACACCGUGUACAUCAACGGCAGCCUCCGCGAUGCCGACUGUCUCCACUUCAGGGCUCAGGCGGCCGGCAUGCAGGACAUAGUCAUCGCCAUGACCGCAGUCGGGGGCUCCAUCUGUGUCAUGCUCGUUAUUAUCUGCCUCCUGGUCGCCUACAUCACGGAGAACAUCAUGCACCCUGCCCUGCCCCGCUCGUCCGGCAAACGGGGACACAGCGACCACCGGCCGCCACCCUAGAGCCGGCACAGAGACACACAGAGAGACACAGAGACAGAGAGAGAGGCAGCAGCGGCGAGGAUAUACUCAGCGGGCCGAACGGCAUCUAUCUGUGUUUAAGAAGGAACUGCAGAUGCUGGAAAAUCGAAGGUAGACAAAAGUCUACAUCAAAAUCGCAGGUGGACAGAGAUAGACCUGGAUUUACUCAGCGGGCCGAGCAGCAUCUAUCUAUCUAUCUGUCUAUCUGUGGCCGGUGAAUCAAACGAUAACUAACACAAAGUGGACGUGAGGAACUGCAGACUCGAGGUUUGCCAGACACACAGACACAAGGUGGACUCAGCGGACCGGGCAGCGGCUGUGUGACAUUGGACAAUAGACAAUAUAGGUGCAGGAGUAGGCCAUUCGGCCCCUCGAGCCAGCUCCGAUGGGGAAUGAGCCAGCACCGUGGACGGGGAAUGGACAGAGUCUCCAGAAUAAAGUGGACACAAUGAAUUGCAGAUGCUGGUUUAGCCAAAAGAAAAAAUGGACAUAAAGUGCUGGAGGAACUCAGCGGGUCGGGCAGCGUCUGUGGACAGAGGGUUCAAGUCUCCCAGCCGCUCCCUGUAGAGUCUGGGGUGAGACUGCCCUGGGGGGAGGGGUGU